UCCAACGGCUCUGAAGUUACUAACCAAUACCGUCGGGUUCAUUAAAAAAUUUCAGAACGAAUUACGAUAUGUCGUUUCGUUCAUCGCAGGAACGAUUCAGAAUCCCCCCGGCCUCCUAAUCUAGCCCAGCCCGGCGGCCACCGUUCUUCAUCUUCGACCGAGAAGAAGGAUCCGGCGAAGUUCUGGAAAGUUUCGCAAUCAAUGGGUAAACGAAAGCGUCCACAACCGGUGAACUUCAUUGACCUCGAUCAGCCGACCACAGGGCAUGGCAACAGGAAAAAAUUAAAAGAAUCUGAGAAUAUCGAAACUGUACAGCUUGUACCCCCCUCGACAUCAGACACUAGUCCUGUUCGUCGUUGCAAGCAAUCAACAGCAGAAGUUGAAACCAGUGGUGCAAGUCCUAGUCAAAAAAGGAAGCUUGACUCUAGAGCUUUUGAAUAUUGUUUUCAGAAUUUAUGGAGGAGCUCUCCAGAAGAGAAGAAGAUCCAGUUUACAUACCUUGACUGUUUAUGGUUUAGCUUGUACUUGAAAGCAGCACACAGAAGAAAGGUCCUGAAAUGGAUUAAGAACAAACAAAUAUUUUCAAAGAAAUAUGUCUUUGUUCCUAUUGUUUGCUGGAGCCACUGGAGCCUAUUGAUAUUUUGCCACUUUGAUGAGAAGCCGGAGUCAAAAACUAGAAAACCAUGCAUGUUAUUGCUUGAUUCACUUCAGGAGGCAAAUCCAAGACGGCUUGAACCAGAGAUUAGAAAAUUUGUUAUGGACAUUUUCAAAGAUGAUGGCAGGUGCAAAAACUUGAAGGUUAUUGGCGAUAUUCCUCUCAUGGUGCCAAAGGUGCCACAACAGAAGAAUGGUGAAGAAUGUGGCAAAUUUGUUCUGUACUUCAUUCAUUUGUUUAUGAAAGCUGCUCCAGAAAAAUUUAGCAUCAAAGACUACCCUUACUUCAUGAAAGAGAAUUGGUUUACAGAAGAAGGUGUGUGCCAAUUCUUCAAGACAUUCGGCCAUUUUGAAGAUGAUAUCUGUCUAUAAUUUGUGCUCGACGCGUCGUGUUCGUCCUUGGCACAGUCAGCUUGUCAUCUACUCCAUGAUAAGAUUUGUAUAGCAAAGUUCACUAAUUCCUGACAUAGUUUAGUGUGUUUUGAAUUGAGGAUUUGUUGUGAAAUGAGGAGGCAUUUGUAGGGAAACGAGGAGCAUUCAUAAUUGGCUCAUCUUCUUAAUGUAGAUCAACUACUUUCAUGACUAUAGUACCUGAAGGAUUGAUUGGGUGUUCCAAUUAGUUUGAUAUACAUGUAAAUGCAUUUGUUCAUAUGAUGCUACUAUAGAGUAUCCACUUUCAUUGUUAAAUCUUGGUCCGGUGAAUCAUGAACAUAUUAUUCAUUCAGUUCUAUGAAUG